UUUUCGCCAGUCGUGAACCGAACUUCGGACAGUGAGGAUUUGUGAUUAAAAAUAAUCAUUGAAAAUUAAUCGAGUGAUAAAAGAUCAGUGUUCUGUGGUGUACCGAUGGGCGACGGGAUUUCACUUUUCGCACCGGAGAUUUAAACAAAAAUGGCCGAGGGAAGACCAGACUUUGGCUACCAUGAGGAGACACAGUCUGAGCGUUUGGCGCGAAAAUCUAAGGACUCACCCUUCAUGAUGAUCGGCCUGACAGGCCUCGCAGCGUCCGUCGGCUACGGAAUGUACACAUACAAGAACCGCGGCGCCAUGAGUACCAGCGUCUUUCUCAUGCAGUUCAGAGUCAUCGCCCAGGGCAUAGCGGUGGGGGCCCUCACAGCUGGCAUGGCCUAUACUUUGGUCAACAACCAUCUAUUGAAGCCAAAGAACGAGGCUAUCUUACACAAAAAUGAACACUAAAUGACUUAUCUGAUUAUUUUAAGUUAUUUGGAUUAAGUGCUGUUCUGUUCUGGUGUAGUAGUAUCAACAAAAUUAAGUAUAGAUGUUGAGUCUAAUAAUUGUCGUACUCAAAAACUUUGUCUUUAAAUGGCAAGUUUGUGAAUUUUUUUUUGGCUCGAGCUUGACAAUUAUUUUAACCACACCAUAGCCAAGAUAGAUACGCUCUACCAACUUGGACCUUAUUGCUAAGUACUAUUAGGCCAAAAGCGGUGCACUGGAUCUGUCUUCAACUGCGCAAAAGUUCUAAUUGGAAGUUGAAUGGUAAAUUGCCUAGCAAUUAUUAAAUUGAAACAAUAAAGUGUUGACAUUGCUUCAUACCCAAUGUCUGGAUAAACAUAUUGUUUAUCCAUUGGGUAUUCAGGAGCAAUGUCAACACUUUUUUGUUUCAAUUUGAUAAUUGCUAGGCAAUUUACCAUUCAACUAAACUGACUUGUGUGCAGUGUGUAACUUUUUAUGGAUAGGGACUUAUAAUGUGUAACUUUUAAUAGAUAGGAAAUCCUUAAGUAGGUAUUUAUUGUUCUUGUGUACUUGUAAGAGUGAUAUUCAGAAUAUAUUGCCUGUGUUGUAGAGAAUGUUAAAGUGAAAAAAAUUAAAAUAUUUUUGUUA